AGCGGCCAAUCUGUUUCUCAUAUUCGUGUGUCUUUUGAAAUUGCCUCCCGAGUAGUAAGGUUAGUUUAAUACAGAAGAUGGGUGGUGUUCCUCGACGCUAACGGUGAAAGAUUUUCGAACCUCAGCAACAUCACCACCGUGAAGCAAAUUUCAUUUCAUAAUCAAUCUUGCUCGACUGCGUUUGGGAAAUACGAAGAAAAGUACAUGACUUUACUGAGCAACAGCUUCCGGGCAAUUCGUCAUUUUGGAAAACAGCAGUCCGAGUGAAACAAAAGGGCGGCUGCCGGGGCCAGCGAAACAACAAAGAAGCAAUCACAAUCGACACGGCAAGAAGCUCCGCAUCCGCAUGCAGUAAGUAAAGACACAGAGGCUGCCAAGAAUGCGGGCUUUAUUCUACUGGAACGUACUGCGGAGCCUGGUGUGGCCGAUACUGUUCGCCGUCCUGUGGUCUGCCACGAUAUCCGGAACGCGGAACACACUAGUAGCAUGCCUCUGCCUCAUAUGGGUGCUUUUUGCACGGGCUGCACUGGUAUAAAGAUGUGCUGUUGUGUUGAGGGUCGUGGCAAUGAAUGUUCACGUUAGUGGCUAUGCAUGGCUGGAACAAAUUCAAAUUGACCUGAAUCGAUAGUGACGUGCCCUGAAUCGAUUGCGACGUGCAUUGCCGUACUUGAAAUCAAAAGUUAUUGCAUACGAAUACUGUACAGGUGCGCUCUAAGAAGAGCUACUCUCCUUCCUCCGCUCCCUGGGCCGUGCUGUAUCGAUGGUGGUGCGACCAGAAGCGACACUGGGCUUUUGUCGGCGUCUUUUCCGUGCUGGUGAUGCUGUGCGUCGACGACGAGCUGAGCACUUAUGAUUUCUUUUCAUCACAUCCUACCAGUCAGCAAAACCAAGAAGUAAGUUGGAAAAUACCGUCCACGCUGCUCGACCCAGCCUCGAAUUUCGCGUAUUUCACUCUGUGGCCGACAACCGUGACUCCAGGCUCUGUUGGAACCGACGGCACCGCUGCAGCACCGCAUUAUCGGGUCUUCCCGGAGGAUGGAAUAAAGAGGAGAAAGGCCACAACCCCCAGCGACGAGGAGGAUGAUGACGCCGUUCUCGCCCGGCUCUGGAAGGACGAUCCGCGGCUGGCCGCGAUCGCAACCGGGAAUCGAAAGAAAACCGACAGCGUGCUCGCCGGCGCCGCUCCGGGCGGGGAUUUCGCGCCCGCUGCAGGAGGCACAAGAGCAAACAGUGCGACGUCUUCCGGGCUGUUUACCCUGUGGUCGCUGAUCGUAGGACUCCUCUACGUCCCGACACUGCUCCUGACUCUACUGUACGACGUGAAUAUCUUCUUCUGGGUCACACUCAUCCACUUCCUGUACCGAUUUCUGCUGGGGAAGCAGUACCUGCUCCGCUUCGGGUCCAAGCCCGCACUGUUCUCGCGAUUAAGGACGGAAUUCCCCGCGAUGUUGCUGGUGUCGAUGAAGAUAGCAGCAGUUGGGGCUGUGCUGUCCCGGGACCUGUGGAGGUAUCUAUUACAUUUGACUGUUGUGUCAUGAAGAUUCAUUUCGUCUGCGAAUGAGAAUGACGGCGCUUGUGCUGCCACAGCACCGCAUCUGCUUCUUUUCCCAUGGAAUCUUCAACUACUCGCUCAGGUUUAUCCCAGCCGUGGUCCUGUCAGUGAUUUUCGAAUUGCAGGCCCUGUCCUUUCAGGAGCUAGGCGACAUCGCGCGAUGCUUCAUUGGGCUUGAACCAACCAUUGCGGGGCAGCAGCGCCUCCUCAGCGCGCUCCAAAACGGCGACGAAUUCGAGGCAGAGCUGGCGUUGGUCUUUCUCUCGCAGGUUCCCCGCGUUCUGCCCGCGUGGACAGAAACCCUGUUUCGGGAACGCAGCAUCCUGCAAACCUAUUUUGGACACGUGCGGACGGCAGCGAUUGUCGCAGCUAAGAAGGUGAGUUGGAAAUAUCUUGAACUUCUCUAAAUGUGUUGUCACGCCGCGGCCAUAGUAAGUAGAAGUACUCACAGCGCAGAGCACUGGCGAAGAAUAGGCGAGGCUAACUUCUGCAGCACGAUUAUGACCAGAUCAAAAAAUCAAAUUCAGGUCCAUACAAAUCGCGAUUACGCAGGCUUGCAUUCGCAGGCGUUUGUGCUUGAGCGAGGCAUUCGCGGAAUGGGCGAGUUUGUGGCGCUGAGCAAAACCAUGGACUACAAAGGUACUACUGCCUGCUGCAUGUAUGAGAUGAUGCUGUCACAGUGGCAUGAUUUUCUACUGACGUUUCUACCGCAUCUGAAUGAAAACGAAGAGUGCCCAAAAAGAACAUCCAACAACCAUCAACGUAGGUGGCCUGAUAAACCUUUCCGAGUGCGUUGCGAGCUGGUGCGAUUUGCUGGAAGUCCUGAUCAACGCAAUUCAGACGUUCCCGACGUACCGGUCGCACACCUGGGAUAAUUCUCUCGAAUUACUCUUCGUGCUGGAGAAAGUCGCGCAAGAAACGCAGCUGACUCUCACCCAGCAGAUUGAGACCUACGGGGAGUCUACGGUGAGGGAUCACUGGCCGCGGAAGCACGCACGGAUGCUGGCGAUGCUGCUCGGGGAGACAGAGUACCCGCUGUCCUUCUUCAAUUUGAAGCGCGACGCCGGCAAGAACAUGGUUAACCUGAGCUCUUUGCGGACAAGCAGCUACUUCCACAGCAGUGUACCAGUUGCAGCCUCACCGUUGGGCGGGGGAGCAGUUGCAGCCCAAUCGCAGCCACCGCAGGCAGCACAGCAGUUUGGAAGUGGCCAACCUCUGACGGGUUUCGGGCCUGCAAUGAGCAGCUCAGCGCCAUUUCCAGGACCGCAGAUGCCGAUGAACAGCGCAUCAGCAGGUCUCCAGAACAAUCAACUACAGCAGCAAUUAUACCAGCAGGCGGGACCACAAAUGAAUCACAUGCAGCCGUUUCCGCAGCAGAACGCGAGCUACCAACCUAGCACGCCCCUGAUGCAGCGACCGUCGGCGUUCCAGCCACAGGCCGGCACGCCGUGGGAUCAAGUGAAACAGGGCCUGCGUCGCGGUUUUAACGACCUCUUUGGCGUGCCGCCUUCGCCCAUUCUUCGUGGUGGUGCGAUACCUCCGAAUGCGGGUAGGGAAAUGCAGAUGCAGCAGGCACAAUCAAAUAGUCUCUUCGGCGUGAGUACCGGGGGUGUUAUGAACUAUGCGGGAAGUCCGGGGCCGGCACUUCUACCUCCAGGUAGACAGCACGGCAUGCCGAGCUAUCGUGACGGCGGCCGAGGAUCUGAUGGACAACUUCCACAGCAGGGAACCGUGCGCGGGCAGCAGUAUGCGGCGCCUUUUGUCCGAACAACCAAUAAGGGCACAACUUCGAACAGCCCCGCCUUUCAGCACUAUCAGGAGCAGAGGCAGGGUCUCAGCAACCUGCGGACACCAGUGCAGCCGGCCGUUCCCAGGGCAGCUGACACAGAGUACCGCAACAUCUUCGGUUCCACAGGCGCACACCCGCAAGCGACGACGAGAAUAGACGACAGCUUCAUCCUCACCCCGGAACAGCGGCGACAGCAGCAGAUGAGCGUUGGUGGACUGCGACAGCGCGCUGCUGCGAACAACAAUGCGGGUGGGCUCUUCGGCACACGCACGAUGUAGUUAGCAGCUCUCUGUGUAGAGGAAGCCGUCCUCUGCGAGCGUGCAGGAGAUCUAAGCACAUUCCUCUCCUCACUAAGUUCAGGCUUUCCAAGAAGAAAAAACUAACAGACGACACGCAGUCAUGAGUUCAACGCAAUGCAGUACAAGUAAUGGAGCGCAAGAAAUGACACGAAAGACAAAGAUUCAUAGAGCCGUCAGGCAUGCG